AUGCCACUGUGGUUAAACAGAGUCGACCCAGUGUUUGUCCGCAACAAACGCCAGGCGGCAGCAGGCCAACUAAUCACUUCUUACGACGAGGACCGUUUGGAUGUCGACCCAUCUUGGGUUGGCCGUAUGAGUGUACAGAUUCACCCUUCCAUAAAGUGCUGGCGGUCCUCUGGCAAGAGACACAACGACCCUGAACACUGCGACGAGGAGGUUGUAAGAUGCGCACCUAACUGGCAACAGACAGGCCUCUGGCGUAGAGACUACGUUUGGGUACAAGAAUUUGAGCAUGGAGACAAUAGACGACAGUCUAGGACGGUGACGGACGGUAGAGUGGUAGCCCAGCUCCACCUAAUACUUACAAUUAUCGACCAUACCCGCUACGACAAAGAUGGAAAACACAUGGCGUAUAUUGGGGCAUUCUCCGAGGUAUUGCUGUUCAAUAACAAUGGACAGAUCGACAACACUACUGGAAUGUUGAGUGUGCGUCGACGGGCCUGGAACGCAGCCCCUAAACGCCGGACAUUGCAAGCUUUUAAGUUUUACGACCUGAGCACGAUUAUCCGCCCAGUGCACUUGGUACCAAGGGACCUGCCUGAUUCAACAACUCGUACUACUAUGUCUUACUACGUCAACAACUAUAUCGACUGGGACGAAUACAACCGCCUGUACUCGCCGACAUUUGACAUCGAUUUACUGCGCACGCUACGAGAGUAUCGACGGAAGCGAACACGAAAUAACUGA